AGGCGUGGUGUGUGGAGAAGGCGGGGCGGGGGCGGGGCGACGGCCGUUGCAGCGCGCCCGGCGCUGUGGAGGAGCCCAGGGAUGAAGCAGCUGCGCUGGUCUUGUCUGUUGUGGCUUGGACUCCUACUGGCUCCUUUCUCCCGGGAACACGAAAAGGCCACCAGACCCAGGAAGCUGUGUGGCAGGCGCCUGGUGUUAGAAGUUAUAAAACUCUGUGGCCAAAGUGACUGGAGCCGGUUCGAGAUGGGCGAGCAAAGUCCUUUGACACAGCUCGUUCCCGAGUACUCAAGGGAGGUCAAAACCUUCAACCCUCACCGUUCUGCCCCCACCUGGGAAAGAUUCACAAACCCAGUCCCCGCAGGCGUCUCUCAGGAGAAAGCAAUACACUCUUGGGAACCUCAAACACUGCCCAACUAUCAGUUUGAAAAGGCAGCACUGCUUCCUGAGGCAAGCGUGUUUUCAUACCCCAAUGGCCAGUCCUAUGUCAAGAGCGUGAAACUUCAGAAGAAGAGCACAAACAAAAUGAAUGCCUUCAGCAGUUUAUUUUGGGGGAAUCAUCCCCAAAGGAAACGCCGAAGUUUUGCAGAUAAAUGCUGUGCCAUAGGAUGCACCAAAGAAGAGCUGGCUAUUGCCUGUCUCCCGUUUGUUGAAUUUUAAACCUUAAUGAUUAAACAAACAUCACUGGUGAAAGAGAUGUACAAACUGUCAUAGAAACUAUGCUCACUUAAUAAAAGCUUACUAAAUCUAA